CGAGAUGUCAGUUUUGACAAGUCGUUCUCUCGUUCGUGAUAGCAGUUUUUUGUUUUUGUUUUUUUUGCUUGUGACUUUGUGAGCAAGGCUCGAUGCAAGCGAACCAUCUUAGCACCACCAAUAGUAUGGCCUACUAGCUACCGAUGGAUUGGCCGGCUCCCCCAUGCUGCACCACCACUGCUGUUCUGAUCAUUCUUAUCCUCUUGCCGUUGAGUGUGUCCGCCGACGACCGGCUUGCUCCCGGUAAGCCGCUCUUCCCAAACUCCACCAUCGUCUCCGACGGCGGUGCUUUCACCUUAGGCUUCUUCUCGCCUUCCAACUCCAGCAUUCCAGCUGGGCUGUACCUCGGCAUAUGGUACAACGAUGUUCCCGAGCUCACCACUGUGUGGGUCGCCAACCGAGAAACUCCGGCCACCAACACGACUACACUGAUGCUCUCCCUCACCAACACCCCCAAUCUUGUUCUAUCCGACGGUGAUGUCGGUGGCCGUGCCGUUUGGAUGACAACCAACGUGGCUACUGUUUUGGGCUCGUCUCCCCCUGUGGCAGUGCUUCUGAACAACGGCAACCUCGUCAUCCGGUCAUCGAACGGCACCACGUUGUGGCAGAGCUUUGACCAUCCCACCGACACGUUCCUCCCUGGCAUGAAGCUCCGCAUCCAGUACAACAAGCCUGGCACUAGUGACCGUCUUGUUUCUUGGAAGGGCCCUGGCGACCCUUCGCCGGGGAGCUUCUCCUAUGGCGGCGAUCCAAUCACGUUCCUCCAAGUAAUUCUUUGGGAUGGGGAGCGCCGGGUUUCCCGCAGCGGGCCAUGGACGGGGUACUUGGUGAAGAGCGAGCGCCGGUACCAGCAGGCGAACGCCAGCGCGGACAUCAUCAUCUACCUAGCCGUUGUGGACAGCGAUGAGGAGAUCUACAUCACCUACAGCCUCUCUGACGGCGCCCCACACACCAGGUACGUGUUGACCUACUUCGGAGAGUACCUAGUACAGAGCUGGAAUAGCAAGACAUCGACGUGGUUAGUCCUCGGGAAAUGGCCAUCCCCCGAAUGCAACCGCUAUGGUUAUUGUGGCGCAUACGGCUACUGCGAUGAGACAGCGGCGCCAACGCCGACGUGCAAGUGUUUUGAUGGCUUCAAGCCAGCAAACACGGUGGAGUGGACAAAUGGUAGGUUCUCAGCAGGGUGCCGGCGAAAAGAGCCACUGCAAGGGUGCACCGACGGCUUCUUGGCCCUGCCAAGGAUGAAGUCGCCUGACAGAUUUUCAAUUGUCGGCGGGGGCACGAGUACGUUCGAGGAGUGUGCGGCUGAGUGCAACCGCAACUGCUCAUGCGUGGCAUACGCAUAUGCCAACCUCGGCAGCGGCAGGUCCAGGGGAGACGUGACGAGGUGCCUGGUGUGGUCUGGGGACUUGGUUGACACUGGGAAAAUAGGCGAAGAGCUCGGCAGCGACACACUCUAUGUCCGACUUGUAGGCGUGGACGCAACAUCAUCUGGUAAAGGAACAAAGAGGAAUGUUAUGAAGAUUGUGCUGCCAGUUUUAGGAAGCAGUUUUCUGGUAUUUGUAUGCAUUUCAUUGGCAUGGUUAAAACUCAAAGGCAAGAGAGAAAAAUGGAGAAAACGCAAGAAUGUAUCAUUGGUAGGUACGAGUACCUCUUAUGAACUUAGUGAAGGUAACCUUUCCCAUGAACAUGAAUUCCCAUUCAUAAGAUUUGAGGAAAUUGCCUUCGCGACACACAGUUUCUCUGAAACAUGUAUGAUUGGACAAGGAGGCUUUGGCAAAGUUUACAAGGGGUUGUUAGGUGGGCAAGAAGUUGCUGUCAAGAGGCUAAGUAGGGAUUCUCAACAAGGAACAAAGGAGUUUAAGAAUGAAGUAAUUCUAAUUGCCAAACUGCAACACAGAAACUUGGUUCAACUUCUCGGGUGUUGUGCAGAAGGAGAUGAAAAGUUGUUGAUUUAUGAGUAUCUCCCUAACAAGAGCUUAGAUGCUACACUUUUUGAUGGUUCAAGAAAAAUGUUGCUAGAUUGGGCGACACGAUUUAAUAUAAUCAAAGGGGUCGCAAGGGGGCUUCUUUACCUACACCAAGAUUCAAGACUGACCAUAAUUCAUAGGGAUCUUAAAGCUGGAAAUGUUUUGCUAGAUGCAGAGAUGAGACCCAAGAUAGCGGAUUUUGGUAUGGCAAGGAUCUUCGGAGAUAACCAACAAAAUGCGAGUACCCAGCGUGUUGUCGGAACGUAUGGUUACAUGGCUCCUGAGUACGCAAUGGAGGGUGUCUUCUCUACGAAGUCCGACGUCUAUAGCUUUGGCGUGUUAGUAUUGGAGGUCGUAACUGGUAUAAGGAGAAAUUCCAGUAAUCAAACCAUGGGCUUCCCUAGCCUCAUAGUCUAUUCAUGGAAUAUGUGGAAGGAAGGGAAGACAGAGGAACUGCCAGACUCAUCUAUCAUGGAUACUUGUUCACUAGAUGAAGUUUUACUUUGUAUCCACGUAGCAUUGUUAUGUGUCCAAGAGAACCCAGAUGACAGACCCCUCAUGUCAUUAGUCGUGUUUAUACUAGAGAAUGGAAGCACCACACUUCCAGCCCCCAGUCGCCCUGCCUACUUUGCGCGGCGAAGCAUUGAAAUGCUGCAAAUUGGAGAUGAUAUUCAGAACUCUGUGAAUAGUUUUACUCUGACUGAGAUAGAGGGGCGAUGAAACGAUGGUUCUUCUGUUCUAUAGCUGUUGAACAUAUUAUCAAAAGAUGUCUGGCAAAACAACAUGGCUAUGUAACACAUCUGUUGUUUAGUAGUCAUUACCUUUGAAUGUGUUUUCUGUUCCA